GCCGCACAUCUCUGGCAAUAGCAAUUCCCAUUCCUUAAGAGUUAAGAUCAAGGAGAUCCCCAACAAUAAAAAUUGAGUCUUUAUUUUUUCUUCUUUCUCUACAACAUCAAAAAUCUCAGAGGAGAGACACGAAGAGUUCAUACAAAUACAAAACUCUCUCGCUCUUAAGAGGUUUUAAAGUGCUUCAAGCAUGUUUGGACGUGGUCCGAAGAAAGGUGACAGCACUAAGUACUAUGAGAUUCUUGGUGUUUCAAAAAGUGCGAGUCAAGAUGAACUGAAGAAGGCAUAUAAAAAAGCUGCAAUCAAGAAUCAUCCCGACAAAGGUGGAGAUCCUGAGAAGUUCAAGGAACUAGCCCAUGCCUAUGACGUUCUCUGCGAUCCAGAGAAGAGAGAAAUUUAUGACCAAUAUGGUGAAGAUGCUCUCAAGGAGGGAAUGGGAGGAGGUGGCCCAGCCCAUAAUCCAUUUGAUAUAUUUGAGUCAUUUUUCGGUGGAGGAGCCUUUGGUGGAGGCAGCAGCUCACGAGGAAGAAGGCAGAAACAUGGUGAGGAUGUGGUGCAUACUCUGAAGGUUUCUUUGGAGGACCUAUACAAUGGCACAAGCAAGAAACUCUCCCUUUCAAGGAAUGCUCUGUGCCAAAAAUGUAAAGGGAAAGGUUCAAAGAGUGGAGUAUCUGGGAGAUGUUAUGGUUGCCAAGGUACAGGAAUGAAAAUCACAACCCGACAGAUUGGAUUGGGGAUGAUUCAACAGAUGCAACAUGUCUGUCCUGAAUGCAGAGGCACAGGUGAGGUUAUCAGUGAUAGAGAUAAAUGCCCACAAUGCAAAGGAAAUAAGGUUACUCAGGAAAAGAAGGUGCUGGAGGUGCAUGUUGAGAAAGGGAUGCAACAUGGCCAGAAGAUUACAUUUGAGGGACAAGCUGAUGAAGCUCCUGAUACUAUCACGGGAGACAUUGUUUUUGUAUUGCAACUGAAGGAGCACCCCAAGUUCAAGCGGAAGUUUGAUGAUCUUUAUGUAGAGCACACCCUCAAUUUAACAGAGGCUCUUUGUGGAUUUCAAUUUGCCCUUACCCAUCUUGAUGGCAGACAGCUUCUGAUCAAAUCAAAUCCCGGGGAGGUCAUUAAGCCUGGUCAAUCCAAAGCAAUCAACGAUGAGGGAAUGCCACAUCACCAGAGGCCCUUUAUGAGGGGCCGGCUUUACAUUCACUUUAAUGUGGAAUUCCCGGACUCUGGAAUUAUUUCCCCGGAACAAUGCCAGACUUUAGAAACAUUACUACCCCCAAGGGCAAGCAAGCACUUGACAGACAUGGAGCUGGACGAUUGUGAGGAGACAACUUUGCAUGACGUUAACAUCGAGGAUGAGAUGAGACGUAAGAAGCAGCAACAGCAAUUCCAAGAGGCAUAUGAUGAUGAAGACGAUGAGCCGUCAAUGCCGAGAGUGCAGUGUGCACAGCAGUAAUGCAAUUCCAUCUUGUUUGGUCACUAAUAGCCAAACACAUACAAGGCCAUUUUUUGUGUGUUUGCGUUAUGAAAUUAUUACUACGUUCCUGGUUCUCUUAUAGUAGGCUUCCAGACCCAUUUGUUGUGUUAUUUAUUUUAGCCAGUUUGGCAAUAUUUUUGUAGUUAAGUUUAGAUAUGUCAUCUCAAUCAAAGUUCAAAUGGUUUAUUUAAUAUAUAUGGAUGCGCAUUCAGUACCUAAAA